AUGCAAUUAUGCAAACGGCAUAAUGGGACCGACUGGGGAAUAGACUUUGAUGCUCCAACUAAUCUAUGCGAUUCUUACGGUGAUUGUGGACCUUUUGGCUUGUGUGUCACGUCAGCAUCUCCGAAGUGUGAAUGCUUCAAAGGGUUUGUACCUAAAUCCAUUGAGGAAUGGAAAAGAGGAAACUGGACUGGUGGUUGUGUGAGACGUACCGAACUACAUUGUCACGGAAACUCUACUGGCAAAGAUGCAAACGUCUUCCAUCUUGUUUCCAACAUAAAGCCUCCAGACUCUUACGAAUUUGGAAGCUCUAUGGAUGCUGAAGAAUGCCACCAAAGUUGCCUCCACAACUGUUCUUGCUUGGCCUUUGCUUUUAUUAAUGGAAUAGGGUGCUUAGUGUGGAACCAGGAGCUUUUAGACGUAGUGCAAUUUUCUGAAGGAGGAGAGCUUCUUUCCAUUCGUCUUGCACGCUCUGAGCUAGGUGGAAAUGAGCGCAACAGGAUCAUUGCUGCUAUUAUUGUGAGCCUUUUAGGUUUUGUGAUAUUUAUUUCUGCUGCAUUUGCUUUCUGGAGAUACAGAGUAAAACAUAACGCUAAUAUAUCGAAGGAUGCCUCACAAGAUGCAUGGAGGAAUGGUCUGAAACGACAAGAUGUUUCAGGUUUAGAUUUCUUCGAGAUGGAUACCAUUGAAACUGCCACCAACAAUUUCAGUCUGUCAAAUAAACUCGGACAAGGUGGAUUUGGUUCAGUUUACAAGGGGAAGCUGCAAGAUGGGAAAGAAAUUGCUGUAAAACGUCUUUCUAGCAGCUCAGGACAGGGGAAAGAGGAGUUCAUGAAUGAAAUAGUACUCAUCUCAAAACUCCAACACAAAAACUUAGUCCAGCUUUUGGGAUGUUGCAUUGAAGGAGAAGAGAAGCUAUUGAUUUAUGAGUUUAUGGUUAACAAAAGCCUUGAUACAUUUCUCUUUGAUUCAAGAAAAAAGCUCGAGAUUGAUUGGCCAAAGAGAUUUGAUAUCAUUCAAGGUAUUGCUUGUGGACUUCUCUAUCUCCACCAAGACUCACGCCUCAAGGUUAUUCACCGAGAUGUCAAGGUCAGCAAUAUUCUUCUGGAUGAGAACAUGAACCCUAAAAUAUCAGAUUUUGGAUUGGCUCGGAUGUUUCAGGGAACACAUUUCCAGGACAAGACUCGCAGGAUUGUAGGAACUCUCUUCGGAGUUAUGCUUCUAGAAAUCAUCAGUGGAGAGAAGAUCUCAAGGUUCAUCUAUGGCGAAGACAGAAAAACCCUACUUGCAUUUGCAUGGGAAUCUUGGUCUGAAAAUGGAGGAGUUGAUCUUUUGAAUCAAGAUCUUGCUGAUUCAGGUCACCAUUCUGAAGUUGGGAGAUGUGUUCAGAUUGGUCUGCUCUGA